AUGGCGUCUUGGAACUCCGCACCGUCAUCUGGCGGUGCUCAUCCGCCCGGCUAUCCGACAUAUCCAGGUACAGCCUACACCGCUGUCCAGGUUCGCCAGUCCUUCGGCGCUUCACCCCCGUAUCCCCCAGCACCCUAUUCAGUUCAUGCUCCUCCUCCUCCACCACCACCACCACCCGCUGCUUCCGAAGAAAAGAAGAAGAUCGACUGGCCGGCGUCUGUCCGUAGUUACGUCCAGCGAUCGUUUCUGCCCCAAAACCUUGAUCCCUCUGUGUCACGACCUGAAAUGGAAGUCAAGUUAAAAGAAACCAUCUCCCACGCAAACGAUACCAACGUCAUGUAUACGAUCGACUGGGACAGUAUGCCCCUCCCACAGCAGUUAAUCCGCGAAGAACGAGCGCAGGCUCUGUACGCGGCUGCUGCUUUAGUACAGCAGACGCAAGCCACCACUGCCGGGUCGUACUACAACAUCAAUGCUGAGGGCCACAAGAGCAACAGCAACAGUUACGUAAAUCCGAACCCCAAGAAGCGGAAGUCCAACGACUAUCAAGAAGACGACAGCUCGGGCGCUCUGUCGUGGAGGAAGAAUGCUGCACCCCUGUCCGAUCGCAUCCAGCGUUCCGAGACGACAGAGCGGCCUAGCAAGCUGAGCAAGAAGGAGAAGAAGGAGAAGAAGGAGAGGAACGCGCAGCAAGGGAAUAGCAGCAGCAACAGCAGCAGCAACCACAACGGAAUCAGCCAGGCCAUCGAUAUGCCAAAGAGUAAGUUUCAAAAGCAGCUCGAAGAGCGCAAGUCGCGAUUCAACAGCACGGCCUCGUCAAACCGCCAAUCCUCGCCCGCGCGAUCUUUGACACCGGACGCGACCGGCGAGCCAGCGGGACCCGUGGUAGGCACGUCGGAAAAGCUCGAGAAGUCGUAUUUGCGGUUGACGUCAGCGCCCAACCCGGCGCUGGUGCGGCCCGAACGCGUGCUGCGCCAGUCUUUGGACCUGCUCAAGAAGAAGUGGCGGCAGCACGGCGACUACGGCUACAUUUGCGACCAGUUCAAGGCCAUGCGGCAGGACUUGACGGUGCAGCGCAUCCGCAACGACUUCACGGUGCUGGUGUACGAGAUCCACGCGCGCAUUGCACUCGAAAAGGGGGACCUGGGUGAGUAUAAUCAGUGCCAGACGCAACUGAUGGCCCUGUACCGGCAGGGCCUAAAGGGAAACCCUAUCGAGUUCAAGGCGUACCGCGUCCUCUACUUUAUCCACACGGCCAACCAGGCGGCCCUCGGCAACGCCAUGGCCGAUCUAACCGCAGACGAGAAGAAGGAGGAGCCGAUCCGCCACGCCCUGCAGGUGCGGUCGGCACUGGCGCUGGGCAACUACCAUCGCUUCUUCCAGCUCUAUCUCGCCACGCCCAACAUGGGAGCCUACUUGAUGGACAUGUUUGCGAAUCGCGAGCGUCUAGUUGCCAUGUGCAACAUAUGUAGAGCGUACAAACCCGAUGUGCGGUUACGGUUCAUCACUGAAGAGCUUGGCUUCGAGUCCGACGUUGACGCUGCCCAGUUCAUUAUCGACCACAAGGCCCAAGAGCUGCUUGAGGAGCGCGAAGACCACAUCGCGUUCCUCAGUGCCAAGGGCCUACAAAAGUUUGACGAGGCCCGUCAGGCCGCGUUCCGCAGAAUCAAGACGCGGAACGAAAAGUAA